CCGUGCUCGCCUUCCACAGCACGCACUCUGGCAAUGCUGCAGCCUCGUGCCGUAGCCGCCUUUUCAUCCUCUCGCUCCGCUUCCCCUCGCACCCUCGCUACGCCCGUCUCUGAUCCCUCGUCUCCCGCUAGCAGCUCAUCUCUGUAGCCCACACGCUUACGAAACGGCACACGCCCUGCAAAGUCGGGCGAGCGAUCACGUCCUCGACCAAUCACAGUAAUCAAAUUCGGCAGCCCCAAAGGUCCCGGAGCGGAAGCCAGAAGGCGGCUGGUGGCUCAGAACGCGAAGCCCCCCUGAAGCCCGGAGAAGACGAUGGCCCCAACAGCGUCAAGGGACCGGUCAGACUACGUACAUGAAGGCUGGCCGCCCAACGCCGUGAACCCGCACCGCUGCGUCGACUUCAGACGGUCGUGGGUGCCAUCGCCGGAGAUGUCCCCCGCGGCACCCAUUGACGUUUCCCUUCCCGGAAUCGAAGAGCGCGAGAACGAGCACGAGCUCCUCCACCACGGCGUUGGCAGUCCAUUAGGCUCCCGACGGCCUAGAACGCGGGGCUCACGGACGCAUGGAGGCGAGGAGAACCCGAAGCGGUCUGUCAGUGCCAGUACUAGCAGUACGGCUAUUAGCACGGGCAAGCGGCCGCUGCGGCCGACGUCCACUGCUGCGUUUUCUAAUACGCAUACCGGAGAUGACACGCCUUUCACACGGGCGCACCAGCCCACUGCACGUUCUGGAGCCCGACCACGGCCGCUAGCGCGAGAACAGGAACGCGAGCAGGGCAGGGUGCCCCGAGGCGGGGCGUCCUGCGAGCGCCGCAAGUCGUGGCUUUCCGUGCUCAGCCCGAAGAAGCUUUUCAGGAAACGCCGCAGUGUGGCUGAAGCCAGCGAUGACUUUGGCUCCCACCCGCAGGAUGCGGAGAACUGGGAGCCCGAGGGCGCACGGAUACGCAGGGUAUCCUCUGCGGAGUGGAGGGCGUAUGGGAUGUGGGCGCGCCCCAAGCUCGGCAAGCGAUAUGGGGACAUAAUCGUUCGAAACGCGACUCCUCUCAAUCCGCCGCGCGAGCUGAGCCCGCCUCAGACAGAUGCGAUGUUUGCGAGUCUGUGGGAGGACGGCCGACCCCAUCCGGAAAGAUGGAUCCCGCGCGUCGAACACUGGUCGCUACCGCCGCGGCCAAGUCUGUGGCCUACCCCCAGACAACGAUACGAUCCGCUCCCACAGGAGCUACAGCUGAACCCGUUCCUUGAGCACCGCCUGGUGGGGCGUCCACUUAUUCACUUCGAUCUGCGCAUGCGCGCCGAAGACAUCACGCUGGGCGAGCGCCCUCCACCUCCAAGCGUCAAUCCUUACACCAGCGCCAGAUCGGGCGCUGACAAUGGUCACAAUAGCCUCAGCGUUGUUGUCUCUGCAAAUCCGACGUCAGAGUCGUCUAACAGAGAUGAGAACGAUCGGAGACGCAUAAUUCCCUUCUGGUGUGACGGACCCAACGGGGCACAACCUGCAACGUACCCCGGAGUGCCUCGCUUACGCAUCACGGGACUCGCUGGCGACCCCCAGCACGAGUUCCCGUGGCCAGUGACAGUCAUGCCGCACCACGAGGCACUGCCGGUGUUGGUGUGCGACGUGGUGAACGCGCUCAUUGCGAAUUUCGAGGAGCGCAUGACAGUCGAGGAGAUCGAAGCGCUCUCGGAAGGGCGCAAGAUCAUGCUCUACCAGGCGUACUGGCGCCGCAUACGAUUCUCCGUGGGCGGCACGAUGCCUCCGGACGACGACGGGCUGAGGAGGGUGGAUUACUUGGGCGAUGCAGUGUACUUCAGAGGGCUGGAGCCACAUCCGCGAGGCGACGGGUUCAUGCUGUUCAUGGGACCGCCGCCAUAGCCUUCCGACAGCAUCCCUACGCUGAGUAGAGGACACGAUGAACGGAGUAAUGAGGGGAGGAGGAUAGGGAAUAUGGUUGCAUUUUUCGCGCUUCGCUUGAGACGACGGUGCAGGCGCGCUUCGUACGCGCCGCUGUAUCCCAGACAAGCUAUGCGUUUGUAUAGUUGGUUGCCGGUCUUCGCUGUCAAGUUUCGGUUUCGGUUGAAGCAUCUAUCUGCUGUGUCCCUUUAGUCUUUCCUGUUCUGUAGCUGCACGUAAUUACAUGCUUUC